AUGACAAGCUUCUUCAAGCGCAAGUUCUCCCUGCCCGAGGGCGAGCUUGGAACCAUCUUCUCCAUCAGCAGUCUCAUCUCGGCGGCGUCCAUGCUGGUCGCAUCUUCCAUUGCCAAGCGCAUCGGCAAUGUCAAGACCAUGGUCUUUACGCACCUGCCAUCGGCAGUCUGUCUAUCUCUCAUCUCGGUGAUGCCCUCACUGCCGCUGGCACUGACCUUCCUGAUUCUGCGAGCAUGCUCACAAAGCAUGGAUGUGGCCCCGCGGUCCGCAUUCCUGGCCGCCGCGCUGCCCGCGGACAAGCGCACGGCGAUCAUGGGCGCCGUGAAUGUUGUCAAAACACUCAGUCAGACCAUGGGGCCGUUGAUCACGGGCGUUCUGGCACGCAACCAGCUCUUCGGUGUCUCGUUCAUUAUCGCGGGUUGUUUGAAGGUGAUCUAUGACCUGGGGAUGCUCUUUAGCUUUGCGGGCAAAGAGGCCGCGAAGCGCAAGCCGACGGAGCAGGAUGAGGAACAGGAAGGACGGUAG